AAACAAGUUUAUAUUUAUUUCAUAAUUACCAAUAAUUUUAUGGUUUCAUAAAUUAUUACGAAAGAAAAAUGUGAAAAAGUUAGCAAAAACACAAGACUUUUAUACAUUAUGGUUGAUAUAAACAAAUAUUUGGAGAGUCAACUUGCUCUUGCGAAACAAAGAGAUGUAAUUAAAAGUAAGAAGGACAAUGUUUCUCAAAAAAGCAAAGCUGCUGCUGAACUUAUAUCUAAGAAACAAUCCAAGCAGUUUGGAAAGCAGUCUCCUAAAGAAACGACCAAGGAUGUUGCAGUGCCCACUACUUCAAGGUCGCGAUCUACUACUAUUUCGUCAGACAAGGAUUCUGAUCAUGAGUACUUACCCUCAGACGAAGACGUUGAUGAUGAUAUAAUUAACAUAAACUCUGGGCCGUCUACCUCAAACACUAGAACUAAACAAACCUUAAAGAAAAUUGUGGAUGAUGGAGACACAGCUCUCUACAAUGAGAGACUGGAAACUUGGAAGGCAAACUUAGCAGCAGCUAAAGCAAGUAAUUACGAUGGUGGAACUAUGACAGCUGAUGUACAAUAUGUGCUGGAGGGAAACACUGACCCAGAGGAACUCCAUGAGCUGCAAAAUGGCUUGGGUGUGCCUAAUUUUAUUUGGAGACAGUUGUAUAAGUUUCAAAAAAUUGGUGUCAAGUGGCUCUGGGAACUACAUCAGGUAGAGUCCGGAGGCUUGCUUGGAGAUGAAAUGGGUCUAGGUAAAACAAUCCAGAUAAUUGCAUUCCUAGCUGGCUUGUCUAAAAGUGACUUGGGUGCUUGGGGAGGCCUUGGGCCCACCAUCAUUGUGGCUCCAGCUACUGUUAUUUACCAGUGGGUGUCUCAUUUCCACUUUUGGUGUCCACAUUUGAGAGUGGCUGUACUCCACCAUACAGGGUCUCAUGCAGGUAAUCAUAAUCAACUGAUUAGGGACCUGCAUACAUCUCAUGGAAUACUAUUGAUAACAUAUGCUGGCAUUGUUAAGUACACAAAAGAUCUCACUGCAAGAAAAUGGCAUUACAUCAUUUUGGACGAAGGUCACAAAAUCAGAAACCCUGACACCCAAGUCAGUAAGCUUGUGAAAAAAUUUCAAACUCCUCAUAAGAUACUCAUAACAGGCUCUCCCAUGCAAAAUAGUUUGCAAGAACUGUGGUCAUUGUUUGAUUUCAUGAGACCAGGACUGUUGGGCACGUACAAUGUCUUUAUGGAUCAUUUUGCUACACCCAUCACCCAAGGAGGGUAUGCUAAUGCCACUGAAUAUCAAGAAGCAACUGCCUUAGAAAUAGCAAAGGCCUUAAAAAAUAUUAUUACACCUUACAUGUUAAGACGUACAAAGGCUGAAGUUCAAAGUCAUAUAAAACUGCCGGAGAAGAAUGAGCAAGUCUUGUUCUGUGCUUUAACUCAGGAACAAAAAGAUCUUUAUAUGGGCUACCUCACUGGCACCACUGUUAGGAGUAUUUUGGACAAAGAUAACAAAUAUGGAGACCCUAUAAGAGCAAGGAUACUGGUUGCUCUGUGUACUUUAAGGAAGAUAUGUAAUCACCCUGACUUGUACCUGUACGAAGCUCAUGAAGAGUGUGAUGAGAUUGAUGAAGAAAGAUUUGGCAACUACAAAAGAUCUGGGAAAAUGACUGUUGUUAAUUCAUUAUUGAAAAUUUGGCAGAAACAAGGUCAUAGAGCCCUGAUAUUUUCUCAGUCAAGAGGAAUGUUAUGUCUACUAGAGCAGUAUUUACAAGUUCAAGAAUUUAAGUAUUUAAGAAUGGAUGGCUCAGUAAAUGUGGGUCAGAGGCAGAACAUGAUUAAAACAUUUAAUGAGAAUCCUGAAUAUUUGGUGUUUCUUGCCACCACAAGAGUUGGAGGAUUAGGAGUUAAUUUAACAGGUGCUGACAGAGUCAUCAUUUAUGAUCCUGAUUGGAAUCCAGCUACUGAUGAUCAAGCUAAAGAAAGAGCUUGGAGAAUAGGUCAGCAAAGAAAUGUUACAGUUUACAGACUUCUGUCAGCUGGAACUAUUGAAGAAAAGAUAUAUCAAAGACAGAUAUUCAAACAUUUUCUCAGCAACAAAAUAUUAAUUGACCCCAACCAAAAGAAUGUGUUAACCACUAGUACACUACAAGGAUUAUUCACUCUUGAAGAACUUAACUGUGAUGGGGACACUGAAACUGCAUCACUUUUUAAACAUACAAAAAUAAAUGUUGAUAACAAUACCAAAAGUAAGAAAAGUAAUGAUAAAACUUCUAGUGAUGUCUCAUUUUCAAAGAAGAAAAAGAUAGCUAUGAGAAGGAUGGCAAGAGAGAUAAGUAAGAAGAUUUCAAAAGAUAAAGUAGAUAAAAAGGAUAUGAAAGAAGAGAAAGACCCCAGAGAAGAAUACAAAAAGAAAAGAGAAAUGCUACUCAACCCACCUAAAGUCGAAGUACCUGAAAUAAACUUAGUUGAUGAUCAAGUGACAAAUGUUCCUUUUGAAAACAUAUUGUCAGAAUUGGAUAUAGUAAAUAUGCAUGUAAAGAAAGACUAUGAAGAGAAUUUGCUGAAAACAGUUUUAAAUAGUCAAGAAAAGGCAGCGGAAGAUGGUGAGCCUGGUGAAGGAGAGGAAGAGAGUCUUGAUGACGAUAAAGGAGUCCCUGACCCACAGGAAACAUUUGUAAAUGAAAAACCAAUCAGAGAAAGAACACCUGAACGAGAUAAACCUUGCAUUGAUAAGGAAAUAAAAAAAUCUAAGAAAAGAAAACAUUCCCCAAGUCCAGAAUCUAAACUAGAAAAUCUAGUGGCAGUGAAGAAAGUUAAAAAGAAAAAACAUAGACGUAAGGAAAAAGAGGAUAAUGAUGAUGAUUAUGUGUUGAGUAAACUUUUUGCUAAAGCUAAUGUUAAGAGCGCAUUACAACAUGAUGUGGUUGUUGGGUUGGCUGAAAAAGAGAAACGGCAUAAAAUAAAAGAAGACGCAGUCAAGAAAGCAAAGGAUGCUAUUAGAGCUAUCAGAUUUUCUUCCAAAUAAACCGAUCCAUGUUUUUUAAAGAAAUAUUUAAAUAGUGAUGUAAGAAAUAAACGAUUAUUCUUGUUUAAA